AAAACUUCCCGUGUCCAUCACUUUCACGAAGGCACCAUCCACUGAACGCCAGUUGCCCACCGAGCAGCAGCCAGAGAGACAGAGAGCCCCUCCAAGAUGGCCCCGAUCUCCAUCAAGAGUGUGUUAAUCAGUGAGAGUGUGGACCCUCGCUGCAGGGCGAUUCUGGAGGAAAAUGGCAUCCGAGUCACGGAGAAGCAGAAUAUGAAAAAGGAUGAAUUAAUCGCGGAGAUUAAGGACUACGAUGGCCUCGUGGUCAGAUCUGCAACGAAGGUAACAGCCGACAUUAUCAAUGCCGCUGAUAAUCUCAAAAUCAUUGGGAGAGCCGGGACCGGUGUGGACAAUGUGGAUGUUGAUGCUGCCACCAAAAAGGGUAUUAUCGUCAUGAACACGCCGAGCGGAAACACAAUCAGUGCCGCUGAGCUGACGUGUGCCCUGCUGAUGAGCCUCUCAAGAAAUGUGCCUCAGGCUGCAAUGUCGAUGAAGCAGGGCAACUGGGAUCGCAAGAAGUUCAUGGGUGCCGAGCUGUUUGGCAAGGUACUUGGAAUAGUUGGACUCGGCAGAAUAGGGAAGGAAGUGGCCUCAAGAAUGCAGUCAUUUGGCAUGAGGACUAUCGGCUACGAUCCAAUCACUCCUCCAGAGGUGUCGGCCAGCUGGGGGGUGGAGCAGAUGUCUCUGGAGCAGCUUUGGCCCCAGUGUGACUACAUUACUGUCCACACUCCCCUAAUGCCUUCUACUGUUGGUCUGCUUAAUGACGAAACGUUUGCUAAAUGCAAGAAAGGAGUGAAGGUUGUGAACUGUGCACGAGGGGGUAUCAUCGACGAGGCUGCUCUCGUCAGAGCUUUGGAGUCCGGACAGUGCGGAGGCGCAGGGCUGGAUGUCUUUGUUGAGGAGCCUCCCAAGGAGCGUUCAUUGAUCAACCACCCCAAUGUCAUCAGCUGUCCUCAUCUGGGAGCCAGUACGAAGGAGGCUCAGGCUCGUUGUGGGGAGGACAUUGCUCUGCAGAUUGUGGACAUGGUGCAGGGCAAGAAGCUGGUUGGAGCAGUAAACGCACAGGUUUUGGCCAGCACGUUCUCCCAGGAGUCUCACCAACUGAUCAAACUCGGAGAAGCUGUCGGAGCUGUACUGCAGUCAUGCACUACUUCUAAGAAACCUUUCAGCCGUGUCGAAAUCACGACUCAAGGGGAUUGCAUGAAGUCUUCCACUGGUUACAUGACCUCAUCGGUUCUGGUCGGACUGCUAAAUCAUGAGUCUGGCUUUUGCCCGAAUCUCAUCAAUGUACUGAGCCUAGCCAAGGAGUCUGGAAUCAAGGUGAACCAGACCCACUGUGUGUCUGACGGGAAUGCCGGUGACGUGUGCAAGGUGGAGCUCACGGCCAACAGCUGCAGCUACAAAGCCAGUGGUUCAGUUCAAGGUGGCGUGCCAGUCCUGCUGCAGCUGGGUGACAGUGUGUUCAGACAGCCGGUCUCUCUCGCUGGAAAUCUGCUGUUCUUCAAGGCUUCUGCGAGUCCUCAGCUCCUAUCCUCAGUGGCUGGACUGCUGGCCGCAGAGGGAGUGGAGAUUGAGUCCUUCAGCGCUCCCGCAGACCGCGCUGGGGAUCUGUGGUAUUGCGUGGGGGUGUCCUCUCUCCUGCGAGACCUCAGUGCCUUGAAGCCUUCAGUUAAGGAGGCAGCACAGCUCUCCAUCUAAACAACAGCAGCCUUUAUCUAAAAAAAAAUAAUAAUAAAAAUCUAAACAUUCUCAAAGAGUGACUUGCCCUAAUUGAUCUGUCUAGUUUACAACUAACAACUUGUUUAGAAGUUGAACACUUGCAGUUUAAAACUUGCAUUUUGAUAACAUUCCAGUGUUUAGAUGCUUUACAUGCACUUUGUUGAAGUUAAGCUUAAUGAAACGUUUCAGUGUCUUGUGCUGUUCAGUUUGUUGUUUGACCUUUUUAAAGCAGAUAUGUAAAAUAAAGUACACGUUUAC